UUCCAGAGGUGUUCCUCCUCCAGAAGACGCCAUCCUCUCCAGUCACCUGCAUGGCGACAGGUUUCUACCCCGACUUAGCCGACCUGUUUUGGAGGAAAGACGGCGAGCAGAUCUUCGAGGACGUGGAGCACGGAGAGCUGCUCCCCAACCACGACCGAACCUUCCAGAUGUCGGUGGAGCUGAAAGUGGAGGUGACGGCCGAGGUGGAGGGCAAGUACGAAUGUGUGUUCCAGCUGUCUGGCGUCAAGGAGGACCUGGUCACCAAGCUGGAGAGAAGAAGCAUCCUGAGCAACGCAAGCCGGUAG